AUGGCACGGUGGGCUUCUCUCCUGGUGUUUCUGGGUCUCCUCUGUGCCUCCUCCACACUGGGACAGGAGGCUGAGGGCCAGGCCACGGGGCAGACGACUGGGCAGGCUGGAGCUGGAGCUGGAGCAGGAGCAGGAGCUGGAGCAGGAGCUGGAGCUGAAGGGACUGAAGGAGAGGAGGAGUGGGGCAUGAAUUCCAUCAGGGGCAGCUUUGAGGCGGUCAGCGGAUACUUCGAUUCAAUGCUGGAGUUUAUGGGUGGAAAAGAUGGGGUCUGCCAGUACCGCUGCCGCUUUGGUAAAGACCCAAUCCCUCGGCCUGACUUCCAAAUGCCGGAGCCAGAUGGAUGCGCCUCAUAUUUCUUUGGACUUCCUAUCCCUGAUGGGAUGGAUGUUGGGAUCCCAGCGAUGACCAAAUGCUGCAACCAGCUGGACAUGUGCUACGACACCUGCGGCUCCAACAAAUAUCGCUGCGACUCCAAGUUCCGCUGGUGUCUGCACAGCAUCUGCUCCGACCUGAAGAAGAGUCUGGGGUUCGUGUCCAAGGUCGAAGCAUGUGAGACGGUGGCAGAUACUCUGUUCAACACGGUGUGGACCCUGGGCUGCAGACCCUACAUGAACAGCCAGAGGGCGGCGUGCUUCUGUCCCGGAGAGGAGAGAGACGAGCUGUGA